ACUGUCCACGUCAGUUUACACGUUUUUCUGAGGACGUGAUUUGAGAACGGCGGUUUGCUCGAAAUCUCAUAAUAGUUGAUGAACGAAACGUUCACGCAGAUGACAAGCUACCUAGACAUUUCCUAGCGUAAACAAGUGCAACAAAGAUGCAUUGGACAUUGUUCGCGCUGAUAAUCGGAUCGUUUGGAUCCAAAUACAUCCUCGUCCAGGCGCAAAGAGUCGCACCGGGAGUACCGCCUCAGCAUUAUCAGCAGAAUGUUCAAGUACCGCAACAUGCGCAGCAUGUACCACAGCAACAGUAUCAAGUACCAGUACAGCAGCAGGUUCCUAUGCAACAGCAAGUACCGAUGCAACAAGUACCUGUACAACAGGUACCUAUGCAACAGCAAGUACCUGUACAUCAACAAGUAUCCAUUCAACAAGUGCCUGGUCAUCAACCACAUGGGCAUGGUCAUCAAGGGCCACCUCAGUUACUUAAUACUGCCAAUAUAGAGCAUGAAAAACAACACAUUGCUGAGCAUGCUGACGUUCCAAUAGAUACCAGCAAGAUGACAGAUCAGGAGCUGCAGUUUCACUAUUUCAAAAUGCAUGAUGCAGACAAUAACAACAAAUUAGACGGUUGUGAGCUGAUCAAGUCUCUUAUACAUUGGCAUGAACAAGGUGGCUCGGAAUCCAGUGUGCAAGGCGAUAAAUUAUUCAAAGAUGAAGAAUUAGUGCAGUUGAUAGAUCCGAUACUUAGCAUGGAUGAUGGUAACAAUGACGGUUACAUCGAUUAUCCAGAAUUUAUUCGAGCUCAACAGAACGCCGCAGCUAAUGCACGUACAUAAAUUUUGAUGAACCAAACUCUACGAACUGCGAUUAAAAGGAUUUUGUAAAACCGAAGGAAUGCAGGGAUUGUUGGAUUUUCAUUAUUACUAUUUAAUGAUGCAUCAUUGACUCAUUUAUUCUAUGUAUAAUGAAUCGAUAUUUGCGAUAAUGCAUCCUUUAUCGAUUUAAUUAUAAAUUAUAAAUAAGAAAAUAGAUGAACACACGAAAAAAGGGAGAAUUUUUUUUUAUAUUAAUGUUAUAGACAGUAGAAAUUGAAACAAUUGUAUAAUUGAAAAUAAUAUUGUACAAUUAAAGACAUAAUUGAGGAGUAAAAUUCCUCUUAGUUAUUUACGUUAGACAAAAUUAAUUUGAAUAAUAUUUACUCUGCGCAUCAUUAUUGUUCAAGAUGGUUAAUGUUCUAUCGUUAUUAAAUUCAAUUUUUUAAUACAGAAGACUAUUUUUAAAUGAGAAUAUUUUAUAGAAUAUCUCUAACUCUGUUAAUAAAUAAAAUGGCCAUUUAUCAGUUUUUUCAUUGUUGAAUGUAUAAAAUAGUAAUUUGCAGAAUAAUAUUUAUAUUAAGAUAAUAAAUGUUUCGUUUUCUAAUGAAUAUUUAGGAAUAAUAUUGAUAAGGCAUAAAAAUAAUAAUAAUGCAUAAAUGUACUUUUAUCUAGCGUCAAUUAUUUAGUAUUAAUUGACAAAAUUGUUUAUAAUUCUGUUAAUUAUGUUAUAUUCCAAAACUUUGGCAGGAAUUUUUUAUUAAAAAAAAUAUUUAGCUAAGGAUAAAUAUAAUGUGUAUAUAGAAAAAUCAGUAAUAAUAACAAUAAUUCAUAAA